GCUGCUGCAGCGUCAAUGUGAACUAAUGGGCAGAUUUCACUGUUUGCCCACUCAAAUUUGAUGCUGAAGUUUGAGAAACAUGGCUUGCUUUUUUAGACGAAGAAUAGCAGAGAAGCUGGGCAGGACUCUGCAGCAGUCCGAGGAUGUCUUCAUACCAGCUCUGACAGCAAUCCCAGUCCUGAAGAAACAGCAGUCUGCUGACUUCAGACUGGCCAUUGGCCCUUUGCGAAGCGGUGGCGUUUUACCAUCCAGUGGAGACAUCCAGCUGCAGACAGAAAACCUGGCGGCUCAGCUGAAGCAGGACAGUGUGGUGGAGGAAAUCUCCGCUGCGUGUGGAAUGAUCAACUUCAGAGUGAACCGCCGGCUUCUUGCCGAGAAAAUGUUGGAGUCAUUUAAAAAUGGAGAAAACAACACAUUUGGGUUGGACAGUGAACUUUUAAAAUCUUUCCAAAGAGGAACAACAUUAGUGGAAUACAGCUCACCGAAUAUCGCCAAAAAGUUCCACGCUGGACAUUUACGCUCCACCAUUAUUGGUAACUUCAUCGCUAACCUGAAGGAGUCACUGGGAAACAGAGUGGUCCGGAUGAACUACCUGGGAGACUGGGGAAUGCAGUUUGGCUUGCUGGGCGCCGGGUUCAGUCGGUUUGGAUCUUUUGAAAAGUUGAAGCAAAACCCGCUGCAGCAUUUGUUCGAGGUUUAUGUCCAAGUGAACAAAGAGGCAGAGCGCGACGAAGACAUAAACCGAGCUGCCAGAGACUUUUUCAGACAGCUGGAGCAGCACCAGGCCGAAGCCGUGUCGCUAUGGCGACAGUUCAGAGAGAUCACGGUGGACGAGUAUCGCCGUGUCUAUGAGCGUUUAGGGAUUCGCUUUGACGUGUACUGCGGGGAGUCCUUUCACCAGCGCGGGGCGCACGAGGUGGUGGAGCAGCUGCAGGGCCGCGGCCUGCUGAAGACCUCCGAGAAGGGGACUGGCGUUGUGGAUCUUUCACCUCACGGAGACAUGAGCAGCGUCUGCACGCUGCUCCGCAGCGACGGCACCACCCUGUACAUCACCAGGGACAUCGCCGCAGCCAUCGACCGAAAGGAAAAAUACCACUUCGAUGAGAUGAUUUACGUGACAGACAAAAGUCAAGAGAAUCACUUCCACCAGUUGUUCCAGAUUUUGCUCAACAUGGGACAUUCUUGGGCGAAAAGGUGUCGACACGUGCCCUUCGGCCUGGUCAGGGGCAUGAAGACCAGGACGGGGGAGGUGGUGUUUCUGGAGGACGUGCUGGACGAAGCCCGCUCCAGGAUGCUGCACAACAUGAGCCAGAGCCACACAACAAAAGAAACAGAGCAGCCUGCAGACACAGCGGAGAAAGUAGGGAUGAGCGCUCUCAUAGUCCAGGACUUUAAAGGUCCACUGCUAUCGGACUACAAGUUCGACUGGGACCGGAUGCUGCAGGCUCAGGGCGACACCGGCGUCUUCCUGCAGUACACACACGCUCGACUCUGCAGUUUAAUGCGAAAGAAUGAAGGUGUGGACAGAGAAUCAUUCGAUCCGUCCCUUCUACCCGAGCAGGCGGGCGUUUUCAUCCUGCAGCACCUUCUUCGUUACGACGAGGUCCUGCAUCACUCCGCCCAGGAUCUGCAGCCCCGACACCUGGUGACCUUCCUCCUGAAGCUGUGCCAUCUGAUCGCUUCGGCACACAGAGAGCUGCCGGUGAAAGGAAGCCCGCAGGAUGUGGCUCAGGCGAGGCUGCGGCUGUUCGGCGCCGCCCGCUCGGUCCUGGCCAACGGGAUGAGGAUCCUUGGCGUCUCGCCGGUGGAUAAAAUGUGACGCUCGGAUUACAGUCCGAUCGGCGCUGUGGAUAACCUGAACUGUAAAUACAGUUUUGAAAAUGAAACCAAUGGUUUGAGACUGCCGGCGGAUUACUGCAACAGGAAACGGCUCCUUAUUCCAUCGCUCCAUACAGUUCGAUCAAAGGCUUUCAGAUAUUUUAUAGAUAAGGCAACACAAAAGUGAUACAAAAAAAACAAACAAAAAAAAACUACAAGACACCAGAGAUGAUAUCAACCAAACCACUGAUGCGGUCUGUGGUCAUUUAGCACAUUAAGAUCUCAACCUAAAACGCUCAGCAUUGCACAAUUAAAGCAGAAUAAUUAUCGAUUGGAGAAAAUAGUCUGAUAAGUGAGUAGUGAUAUUUGUCGACCCUCGGAGACACAAAGGCUUCAGAGUAAAACUGCCAUCGACGUUUGUGGCUUCUGGCCGAAGGGAGGGUCCAAAACUUCAUUGAUUGUAUCAGACUAUUAAAAAAACUUUUUUAAAAAAGCAGCCUGU